AUGCCGUUAUUUUUGGUUCUGAAAGCAACAUUAUCAGAAAACGUGACCAAGGUUUCAAUUGAGAAUACAAACGAAUCAAGGGCAGAAUUUGCCUUCGAUCUACAAUGUACCAGUUGUAGAGAAUUACACGAUUCUAAAGUCAUCAUCAAUACAUUUGAAGAAUAUGCUAUGCCGGCAUCAAAAGGUACCGCAUCUUUCUUGAUGAAGUGUAAAUUUUGUUCAAAAGAAUUGUCAGUUAACCUGUGCGCUUUUGAGGAUGAAUAUUUAACUGAUCAGAGUGACGACAAAUGGGCCAAGAUAAAAGAUGUGCGGAAGAAGCAUGGUUUAUCGAAGGUCAAAGAAGAUUCUUUCAUUCCUUUAAGCCUUGAUUGCAGAGGUUGUGAAUUAAUCAAAUUUUAUCCCGACACCAUAACGUUUGAAGUUUCUCUAAGUUCGGGGAAAGUAAUGUCAUGCCAACUAGAGGAUAAUGAAUGGUAUGAUUAUGAUGACAACCUUGGGGAAGAAGUAACAAUGACUGAUUUCUCAUCAAGCAUUAUUAAAGGUAAGUAA